GCCCAUUCUUAGAGCGGCUUCGAGCUUUUUCCUAUACUCGCGUGAGCGCUGUAAAACCGCUAGAUAUGCGGCUCGCCCCAGCCUCCCUAGAGCAUAGGGCCCUCUGCCCUUCGUUACUGAAGGCGUAGGGGACGGCGUCGGAUACCACCGAAGUCACAAGGCCGCAGAAGUUAGUCUCACAAACAGCAGCGAGAGGAAAGAAAAGAGAAAGAACUGCCUGGGUUGUUCACUUCACGCCCAGCACCUUGACCCGGAACUAUUCUACACUUCUCCUCCCCCAUUCUCGGUUGAGAAGGGAAGAGAAGAACCGCCAGUUCUGGCCCGGCAUGCCUUGGGCUUCCGGUGACCUCUGGCCCUUUUCUGUCGUCCGCUCUUGCUGCCUAGCGUGCUCGCUCGCUCACUGCUUUCCUUCCGUGACUCGCUCCGGUUUACGUUCGCACGCUGCCUGGUGACUGUGGCGCCAGCGACAAGCAGGGAGGCGGUGGCGGAGGACACCCGUCAUGGCCGCCUCUAAACCUGUGGAGGCGGCGGUGGUCGCAGCGGCUGUGCCCAGCUCCGGGAGUGGAGUGGGCGGUGGCAGUGCGACUACAGGCCCGGGCACCGGGGGCCUGCCGCGAUGGCAGCUCGCCCUGGCAGUCGGAGCGCCCCUGCUGCUGGGCGCGGGUGCCAUGUACCUGUGGAGCCGGCAGCGGCGGCGCCGGGAGACCGGGGGCCGAGGCGACGCCGGCGGCCUGAAGCGCAACAGUGAACGGAAGACCCCGGAGGGCAGGGCAAGUCCGGCUCCGGGCAGCGGACACCCCGAAGGCCCCGGUGCUCACCUGGAAAUGAACUCUCUUGAUAGAGCCCAAGCAGCCAAGAACAAAGGCAACAAAUAUUUUAAAGCAGGAAAAUAUGAACAAGCUAUUCAGUGCUAUACUGAGGCUAUCAGUUUGUGCCCUACAGAGAAGAACGUUGACCUUUCCACGUUUUAUCAAAACAGAGCUGCUGCCUUUGAGCAGUUGCAAAAAUGGAAAGAGGUGGCACAAGAUUGUACAAAGGCUGUUGAACUUAAUCCCAAAUAUGUGAAAGCUCUCUUUAGACGUGCAAAAGCCCACGAGAAGCUAGACAAUAAGAAGGAAUGUUUAGAAGAUGUCACAGCUGUGUGUAUAUUAGAAGGGUUCCAAAAUCAACAAAGCAUGCUGUUAGCUGAUAAAGUUCUUAAACUUCUUGGGAAAGAGAAAGCCAAAGAAAAAUACAAGAAUCGUGAACCUCUGAUGCCAUCUCCACAGUUUAUCAAAUCUUACUUCAGUUCUUUUACUGAUGAUAUAAUUUCUCAGCCAAUGCUUAAAGGAGAGAAGUCUGAUGAAGAUAAAGACAAGGAAGGGGAGGCUUUAGAAGUGAAAGAAAAUUCUGGAUAUUUAAAGGCCAAACAGUAUAUGGAAGAAGAAAACUAUGAUAAAAUCAUAAGUGAAUGCUCAAAAGAAAUAGAUGCUCAAGGCAAAUAUAUGGCAGAAGCAUUAUUACUACGAGCUACCUUCUACCUGCUAAUUGGCAACGCCAACGCAGCCAAACCAGAUUUAGAUAAGGUCAUCAGCUUGAAAGAAGCUAAUGUGAAGCUCCGAGCAAAUGCUCUUAUCAAAAGAGGCAGCAUGUACAUGCAACAGCAACAGCCUUUGCUGUCUACUCAGGAUUUUAACAUGGCUGCCGACAUUGAUCCUCAGAAUGCUGAUGUUUAUCACCACCGAGGACAGCUGAAAAUAUUGCUUGAUCAAGUUGAAGAAGCAGUGGCAGAUUUUGAUGAAUGUAUUCGAUUAAGACCCGAGUCUGCUCUGGCACAAGCUCAGAAAUGUUUUGCAUUGUAUCGCCAGGCAUAUACAGGAAACAAUUCUUCACAAAUCCAAGCAGCUAUGAAAGGUUUUGAAGAGGUCAUAAAAAAAUUUCCAAAGUGUGCUGAAGGCUAUGCAUUAUAUGCCCAGGCAUUAACAGAUCAACAGCAGUUUGGUAAAGCUGAUGAAAUGUAUGAUAAAUGUAUUGAUUUGGAACCAGAUAAUGCCACAACAUAUGUUCAUAAAGGUUUACUUCAACUUCAGUGGAAGCAAGAUCUGGAUAGAGGUUUGGAGCUUAUCAGCAAGGCUAUUGAAAUUGACAAUAAGUGUGAUUUUGCAUAUGAAACCAUGGGAACUAUUGAAGUACAAAGAGGAAACAUGGAAAAAGCCAUUGACAUGUUCAACAAAGCUAUUAACCUGGCCAAAUCAGAAAUGGAGAUGGCUCAUCUCUACUCACUCUGUGAUGCUGCCCAUGCCCAGACAGAAGUUGCAAAGAAAUAUGGAUUAAAACCACCAACAUUGUAAAAUAUGGGGGAAGGAAAAUGACCCUCUUUUUAGAAGUUUACCCCCUCUUCAACUGAACCCUAAAGACACUGUCAUGAACUGUGUUGAAUGGUGGAACUUAGUAUAUCUGUUUGUGCAGUUGUCAUUUGUUACAUCUGUUUCAUGUUUAGGUGUUGUGGGAGUGGCUGUUGAAGAAAGUUUGCAGUGUUGCAGCUUUUAUUCCCUGUGCAGCAAAAGCUUAGAACCUGUUAAAGGGAUAUUAAAAUAAAGUUGCAAAGAGUACAAAUGAUAAUUGGCCAUGCAAAUAAAAACUUUGAUUUGUUGAUUUGACUUUUUUUCUUGAGGGGAGUAGGGGAGUGAUGAUGUUUACAAUUUUUGUCUUGGUGUGCUUGUGUGCGUGUGUGUAUGUAUGUAUGACUUAGAGGUUUACAGCAUGUUGGUAACAUAGUAACUGCUGUAAAAUAGUAUUCUCUUAGAUUUUAUUAAUCCCUUUUAGUUUAGUUUUUUUUUUUUUUUUUUUUUUUUUUAAGGAAACAAAGCUUAAGUGCAGAUUUUGAUUUUAUGGCCACAGAAUUGAGAGACCCUUUAAACUACUGUCAGCAUGUACAAUGCCUCUGAUUCUGCAGAAUGUUAGAUGUAGUGGCAAUGCCUUUUGACCUCCUUCAUCUCAAGUGGAUAAUGUAUGUCAUUCUUAAAAUCCACAACAGAUGGUUUUCAUCCACUAAAUUAUGCAGAAGCAAGAUAUUCUAAUUGAUAUAUGUGCUAGAAGACGUGAGUAUUAAUGGGACAGUGGACCAGGCAAAAGGUAAGAUAAAAUGGAUAUGUUUAUAAUUGCCCAUGGCUAUUUUCUACAAUUGGUACUAUUUAAUAGUGUACUUUUUAAAGAAAAUGCAGAUUGAUUGUAUAUAUGAAGUAUGAUAAUUAAAAUUUUCUAAUGAAAAUGUGGCUAAAAGCUCAAAAAGGAUAUAACUUUCAAAGCCAGAAGCAUAUAAUAUUUCCUGAAAUGACAAGUUUAAUGCUUCUCAACUAUGGCUACAUGUCCUUAAAAGAGAUUUUGAGCCAGUAUUUUCAAAGAUGCUGAACUUUGGUCUUUUAAGGUCAGGCGGAUAGCCCACGUCCAGGUCUUCACUGGGUAUACUGAUAGAUUUUUAUUUUGUUCCUUUUACCUUUACCUCACCUUCUUACUUAGAAUCACUUUAUGUGUUUUCCAACUGUCACUUUUAUAGAUCAUCCUUUUGCUUAUAUGCUGGAUUUUUCUGGUGGGGAGGAGAGGUUAAUUGUGGGGGGGUUGGUUUUGUUUUUUAGUCUUUUUAGGGCCACAUCCUCCUCAUGUCGAAGUUUCCAGGUCAUGGGUGAGUCGGAGCUGUAGCUGCUAGCCUACACCACAGCCACAGAAAGGCAGGAUCUGAGCUGCAUCUGCGACCUACACCACAGCUUGCAGCAACACCAUAUCUUUAACCUGCUGAGUGAGCCCAGGGAUCAAACCCGAGUCCUCAUGGAUAUUUGUCAGGUUUGUUAACUGCUGAACCACAACGAGAACUCCUAGUUGUGCUCUUAAAACGUCUCUGGUUUUGAGAUAUUCAGAGUGGGGAGUGGUUUACUUAAGUCUGAGUAUAAUAAAAGAGCAAGCCUUCAGUUCUACUUUGCUGGAAAUGAAAUCUAAUUGGAGUUUACAUUGUUGGAAGUAAAUGAGCAUUUUACCCCUAUUUAAAAGGGUGCUUUAUCCUACUGAAACCAAAAAGAUUUUGUCUAAAAUGCUUUUUAGAAGCUACUAGAAAUGACUCUUCCAAAGUCAGGAAAAUAUUGAGGAGCCUCUAAGUAAUUGGUGGGGGCAGUUAAUGUAAGAUGAUUUUUAUAGUGGAAAGUUUUAGAGCUCUGCAUUGUAGUUCUUAAAUUAUGCACCUACUAUAAUAAGCCCUGAAUACAGAAAUGUUCUACAUCUCCGAAUAACCUCUGAAUUAAAAAAGAAGUUUUUAUUUGCAUGGCUGUAUUUAUAGUAGUACUGAUAUUUUCUUCUUCCUUUCUACUCCUUGGGGUUGGGUAAAAAAUCACAAAGGAAAAUGAAGCAUGUGCCAUUCAGUACUAUCAUUCCAAAUCCUCAUGGACUAUUUUGCCUGUUCUGAAAAAUAUUUGAAACUACACUGAAAGAUGCAUCUGUAUCUUUUCUUUUGUAAAUGACCUCACAUGUAAAUUCACAAAAUAAAUACUACAUUCAAGCUUUUCCAUUUAUUCUUUAAAUAGGAAGAUAGGCAGUUUAUUCAUCUAUCAUAGUAUUGGUUAAAUUCAUAAUCAUUCUCAUAUGGGCUCAAACGAACUUUGAAAAUAGGGACAUACUGGACACAGUAUGGGAAGCCAAAAAAAUGUGGGGUAUGAAAGAUGGAGUUUUCUAUCCUUUCUACUGUUGACAAAGCUCUACAAAGAACUAGUGGGGCCAACUUAUUAUUCCUGCGUAUACUGUACCCAUACCUGCGUAGUAGCCUGGAAGGUUACCAAUCAGACCUGAGCCUGUGACUACGUUUUAGCCUCAAACUGGUUUUGCCACCGAGUUUUCAUCAGUUUUCGACCACUUGGAGUCUUCAAGAAAGGAUGCCUGAAAAAAUCUUGAGUAUUUGAGGUGUGAACAGGAAAUAGAUCUCCAAGCAAUAGUAAAUGGCUUUGGCUUUAAAACAAUUCGAACUGAACUUUCUGCCCUGUGGAGACCCAAAUUGUAGUUUAAAUAGUGUUUUUCCCCAGGAGAGCUCAAUUAAUUAUCAUAUUUGUUUAUUUAUUUUAUGGCUACACAUGUAGCAUGUCGAAAUUCCUGGGCCAGGGGUUGAACUAGAGCCACAGCCACAGGCCUACACCACAGCCACAGCAACACUGGAUCCCAACCACAUCUGCAACCUAAGUCAUAGCCUACAGCAAUGCCGGAUCCUUAACCCACUGACCCAGGAAUAAACCCAUGUCCUAACAGAGACUACGUUGUGUUCUUAACCCACUGAGCCACAAAGGGAAUUUCCUAAUUUCUUAAGGCUGUUUAUAAAGAGGAAGACUAUAUACCUUACCCAGGAAACUUCUGAGCACAAAAGUAAUAAUUACUGAAGACUUUCCUGGAUAAGUUGGGUUGUAUGGUCUUGUAUUUAUAAGGAAAUAAUACAGAAAUGGUGAUGGGAAGAGAUAAUCUAGCCUUAGUUCUCUGCAAAACUUACUUGUGAACAAAGUGACAGAAUUUUAACUUGAUCUAUUUGCAAGCCUUAGUACCUGGAACUUGUGAAUGUUACCUUAUGUAGUAAAAAUGGACUUUGCAGAUGUGAUUAAAAAUUUUGAGAUGAGGAAAAUAUCCUGGGUUUUCUAGGUAUGUUCCAGAUGUAAUUGUAAGUGUCCUUAUAAAAAGGAAGUUUCAGACAGAAGAGAAGACAGUGUGACAACAGGCAGAGAUCUGAGUGAUGUGGCCACAGGCCAAGGAAGCUGGAAAGGCAAGAAGAAAGAUUCUGUCCUACAGCGGAUCUUGGUCCUAAUGACCCUUGAUUUGGGCCCAGUGAAACUGAUUUUGGAUUUCUGGCCUUGAGAACUGAGUAAGUUUCUGUUGUUUUAAGCUACUAAAUUUGCAGAAGUUUGUCAUGGCAGCCAUAGGAAAUGCCAUUGGCUUUUGUGCAGAAGGCAGCUUAUAAUUUAAAGAAAUUCUUUUGAGCAUCACAAAGUUCAGCAUGACUUUACGUGCACUUAAAUUCUGGCUAAGGAGUUUCCGUCGUGGCUCAGUGGUUAACGAAUCCGACGUGGAACCAUGAGGUUUCAGGUUCCAUCCCUGGCCUUGCUCAGUGGGUUAGGGAUCCGGCAUUUCUUUGAGCUGUGGUGUAGGUCACAGACGCCGCUCCGGAUCCCGCGAUGCUGUGGCUUUGGUGUAGGCUGGUGGCUACGGCUCCGAUUCAACCCCUAGCCCAGGAACCUCCAUAUGCCGUGAGUAUGGCCCUAAAAAGCAAAAAAAAAAAAAAAAAAAAAUUGAAAUGAAAUCGGGCCAUGUUACACUUUCUUUUUUGGUCCUUUUUUGCCUUUUCUAGGAGCUACAGCAAUGCCAGAUCCAAGCCGCAUCUUCAACCUAUACCACAGCUCAUGGCAACACAGGAUCCUUAGCCCACUGAGUGAGGCCAGGGAUCAAACCCGCAACCUCAUGGUUCCUAGUUGCAUUCAUUAACCACUGAGCCACGACAGAAACUCCUAUGUUACACUUCCUAAGAAUAAAAUAUUACAUACUAAUAGAAGAUGCCUGCCUACCUCAUUCAUUUCCUUUCAUCAUCAAACGCAUCAGAAGGCAAGAUGACCUGAUGACAACAUGCAUUUAUGACAAAAUACAAAAUUAAGUUGUAGAUUCCGGAAUGCUCUGUGAGGUAAAGUGUCCUCAAAGGGGACAACAGAAAAUACCUUGAGACAAAAAUAAGAACACAGCUUUCCAAAGCCUAUGGGAUGCUGCAAAAAUAUUUCUAAGAGAAAAGUUUAUGGCAAAACAGGCCUACCUCAAGAAACAAAAUCUCAAUCUACACCUAAAAGAAUUAGAAAACCAUCAAAGCCCAAUGUCAGCAAAAGGAAGGAAGAAAGAUCAAAGAGGAAAUAAAAUAGAAACCAACAAAAAUAAUAUAAAGGAUCAGUGAAACCAAGAGUUGGCUUUUUGUUUGUUUGUUUUUUUAGGGGCCACUCCUUCGGCAUAUAUAAGUUCCCAGGCUAGAGGUCAAAUCGCAGCUACAGCUGCCAGCCUACACCACAGCUCACAGCAACGCUGGAUCCCCAACCCACCAAGCAAGGCCAGGGACUGGACUCACAUCCUCAUGGAUCCUAGUCAGGUUUGUUAACCACUGAGCCACAAAGAGAACUCCUAGGGCUGAUUUUUUGAAAUAUAAAAUUGACAAGCCUUUAGCCAGGCUCUUUAAGAAAAAAGAGAGAACCCAAAUAAAAGAAAGACAAAUUAAAACCAGUAUCAGACUUUGAAAGUCAUGAGAAGACUAUGAACAAUUAUAUGCGAACACAUGGAACAACCUAGAAGAAAUGGGUAAGUUUCUAGAAAUGUACAAUCUUUUUAAGACUCAAUUGAGAAGAAACUGACAAUCUGAAAGACAAAUCAGUAGUGAAAUUUAAUAGUAAUCAAAAAACACCCAGAAAACAAAAGUCCAGGACAGGAUAGCUUCACAGGGGAAUUCUGCCAAACAUAAAAAAAAAGGUAGUAUCUAUCCUCAAACUAUUUCAAAAAAACCUGAAGAGAAGGGAAUACUCCCCCACAUUCAUUCUGCAAGGUCAGCUUCACUCUGAUACUAAAAUCAGACAGACUACAAAAAAAACUUACAGGCCAGUAUCUGAUGACUAGAGAUGCAAAAAUCCUCAACAGAGUAUUGGCAAACCAAAUUUUCUAUAAUCAGUAAAAAUACAAACAUGCAAAAAGCUGAAAGAAUUAAUCAUCAGCAGACCUGUAUUACCAGAGAGGUUCAAGUCCUACACACAGAAGGAAAAUGGAUCUUCUCUAAUGAAGAGUGCCAGAAAAGAUAAAUAUGUUUGGUAAACAUAAAACACUUUUACUGACUUUAAAAUCUCUUUAAAAGAUUGCUAGCUGUUUAAAACAAAAAUAGCAAUGUGUUUUGGGGUUUAUACAUAUGUUGAAGUACAAUAUAUGACAAAAAAGGAGUGAAAUGAAAUACAAUGCUGUAAGAUUCUUAACAUAUCAAGUGUUAUAUUACUUGAAGAUAGACUGACAUGUUAAGGAUGCAUACUACACACCCUAAGGAAUAAUUAAAAUAACACCUCAAGGAAUUAUAGUUUAUAAUCCAAUAAAAGAGAGAAAGUGAAUCAAAUAAAGCUAUUCAAUUAAUCUGAGAGAAAGAA